CAAAUAUUUGCGUAGUAAACAUUUAAUUAUGUUAUGAAGAAUAUCUUUAGUCAACAACUCUGAAACCUUCAAUAUUAUCGGCUCUCAGAACAAUUCCAACCCAUUAUGUGGGCUCCACUCAGCAAGAAAAGACGCCGCAACAACUCAGAUGAUGAAAAUGAGCGUUACGAUGGUCAGCCAGUCUAUUCAAUUGCGUUGGGGGAUGAUGACGACUCUGAGGAAGAAGAAUUAUCAAAGCAAAGCAAAGCGACGCGUGAAUUCCCCAAGUCCCUAGCAGAGGCUCUUGACACAGCCUACGCUCGUAUAGCAAACCAACAGGCCAAGUCUAAAACUAAGGAACUAUCUUCUCAGGAUAUCCCACGUACAGUUUUUGUGGUCGUUCAUGAAUCCGUCCCGCCGUAUGGGGAUACAAAAGUUCGUGUUGUUGGGACAUUUGCUCGUGUUCAUGCAGCAAACGAGAAAGUUCUGGACGUGUUUCGAAACAAUUACCAGCAUUACUUUGUCGAAGACGUGGGUGAAGACGCCUGGGUUAGGACUCGACCUGGAAGAGAACUGAAAUUGGCAGGUGAUGGUGUUGCAUGGUCGGUAUCUAAUGACGCAACUCUACGGAUUUCCCCACGAGAUGCAGGAGGUGAUGAAGAAGGUGUAUACCAGAUUUAUACAGUGAUGCAGACAGUCCAGGUAUAA